AUGAGCCUCUUCUUACACUUUCGUAGGGGGACAGAGCCUACGGGGCAUACCUUGGGUCUGGGAUGGCUGCUUGCCUUCUCUCUGGGCGGUGCUGUGUUGCUCUUCACCUGCAUCGGCUUGCUGCUCGCAUGGCGCAUCAAGUCUCGUCCGGAGAAUAACACGACGACGACAACGACGAUAUACGAGGUUUCCGAUGGCCCCAACCCAGGAAAGAAACUGGGAUUCACCAAGCGGCUCACCAGGCGCAAGUACGUCAUGGCGCAAUCGACGAGUCGCCUCUCCCUCACGCUGCCGCCGAUCAUCCCCCCGCUGCCGUCGUAUCAGAACUUUGUUGGAAACAGGAAGCGGUCGCGCAGCUGGGUGGAGGAGGACAAGUUCCAUGGGCCCAAGGUUAGCAAGAGCUUGCGCAAUAGCUGGUUCAAGCGGGAUAGCUGGCUGGGCAAGGCGCCUACUCUUCCGAGUCUGAUGCUGGAUGAUGCUGAGAAAGGCGACUUCGAUGAUAUCCUGGACAUCCACGGACAGAAGCGGGAGACCAACUCUCAGCGGCAACAGCAACAAGGGCAGGGCCAAGAACAUGGACAGGACCAGCGACGCGGGCAGAGCCAGCAACAGCCGCAGCACCAACAACGGCCCCAGCAGAUCCAACUUCCCGUGCUGCCUCCUAUGAGAGCAUCCAUAGCAGACACAGGCCUCCGUGAUAUUCUACGAUCUACGGAAAUGCGCCUCAAGGAUGGCAAAUCACCUGUCAAGACUCCCAACGCAUCGCCCACCAAGGGAUCGCCUUCCAAGACUCCCCACAGCCAAAAGACGGUCUCCUCCCAGGGAUCAAUCGGCACGAUUGGAACUACCGGAACCGUUCGCAUCACCCGCGUGUCUCUCAGCCCUAGCAAGAGGGCAACAAUCCAAUCCAUUCCCUCGAACGCGCACACGCACAGCCGAAACGCCUCCAUCAGCUCCAUUGGGAGUGCAGCCCAUAGCUUGAUUGCCGAGGCGACGCAUGAACUCGUGCUUCCCGGAGGCCUAUCAAGUCCCAGCCGCCUCAGGGGUCAGCAGUGGGAGGCUCAGGGCGAGAAGAUCGAUCUUGACGUGGAGCCACGGGGCCGUCCAAGGUCCAAGUCAUUAGAGAGCGACCAGUCGAGCUCUCUGUCAACCGUGUACAGCGUCGGGGAACACGAGGAGAAGUUGGCCGAGCAGCACAGCCCGCAAAAGAGAGCUUCCUACACUACCCACGACCCUUUCGUUGAAGGCUUCAUGUCUGGUGCCACCCGGUUGGCCCCGAAGCCGACGCUGUUCGGCCCUCGAUCGUUGAAGAAACAUGGUCAAAAUAUGAGCAUGUCAUUCACCCCCAACCAAGCCCCCAGACCGGUCCAGUCUCAGCUUCGACAGACCCCGGUGAGCACACAGGCUGUUGGCGGCUCGCCGCUAGUCUCUAUCGUGCUUGACCCGCCGACCGAGACUGAUCCCCGCGAGUCGGAGUACUUCAAGUCCAUCGGCAACAACGCACUUGCGUUGGAUUUUCCACUUAGCCCCUCGAUCACGAGCAUAGUAACCCCGUCUGUGACCACCAUGGAAGAUUCAGAUGACGGCGACACCAUCGGGCACACAUCUAAUAGGAGCGAAAGCCCCAAGCCAGCGCUGCAAUUGUCUCUGCCAACCGGAGACAGCAGUGUGACACUUGAUGAUGCAAUCAGCCCGUCCACUAUUACCUCGUCACCCUUCGAUGAGCAAGACAUGAUGGCUCUACUGUUGUCGAACCCGGCACCUCGCAGAGUUCUGCCCGAGCCACCAAGGCAUAUCAGCCAUAUUGAUGAGUCAAUUAUGCCAACACCCCUCUCCCCACGACCUAGACGUGACUUCUCUGAACAGUUGAGGAAGAUGUCCGUUGUUUCGAACGUGAGCUCCCUGUAUGACGAGGAAAUUAUGCCCGACGACCCUUCGGCUGUAUCGACGGGAUCGCCCAGCCAUCGCUCGACGCUCCGAUUGACGAAGUCGCCUUCUCUACCUCCCCCGCCACGUUCAGACUCCGUAGUCAACGUGGGAUCUGUGGGAAACUCUGUCGCCGAGCUUCGGAGGAUGAACAGCAUGGUCAGCUCGUACAGCGUGGCGUCAGGAACCUCGUCCGUCUACGGCGACCCCGAGUCCCCGACCCUGCCUGCCCUUCGAGGCGGCGGCUUCUCGCCCUCGCGGUCCAAAUCUGGGACGGACAGCAUGGGGCGCCAGAACUAUUUGAGCCUCGGCUCCGCUGCCAAGACCGACGGAGGUGCUGGACGUCCACUAUCCGGUCCAAGUCCACUGUCAGGUCCACGUCCCAUGUCUAGUCCACGUCCUUCGUCGCUGCCACGCCCGGUUCCAAAGAGUCGUGGCAGCCGCGGAAAUCCGGGAGGAGUGGAGAUCCGCGAGGACGACUUCGGAGAGGGAAAGGAGAACCACGGCUUGGACUUCAAGAUGCCACGCAUCGACGUUUCCAUCCCUAAUGGGGCACUUCGAGAGGCCCGUCGUAGCAGCAACCAGGGCCGCGAGUCGCUCCUUAUGAGCAUGUCGAAGCUGGGUACCGUCGUGGAGCACCAGCACGACAUGGCAAGAAGCAGCGUCGAUAGUUCUGGGAUAUACGACGAGGAAGGAUUUUUAAAGGAAUCGCCCGAGAGACUCGAUAGGGACAGUAAGGGGCUGUGUCUGCGCAUGUGA